GCAGCCCUUUUCUCUCUUUCUCCUUUAUUACUGUCACCCCUACACCCACUGUUACUCCCUUUUCCCACUCUAUAUAAACACUGGGUCUACACCAAAUUUUAUUUUCUCUUCAUGUCCAAAAAAGAAACUCUCAAAAAUCUCCCCCCCCCCCCAAAAAUGGGUUUCAAUUCCCAAAUCUCAUUCUACUUCUUCUUCUUCUUCUUUAUAGCUUCUCUUGAUUUCAUUCAAGAAACAAAUGCAAGUGAAUACAAUGAGAGUAGAUUAUUAAUGAAGGGAUGCAAUUUGUUUCAAGGGAAAUGGGUUUUCGAUCCUUCUUACCCUUUUUAUCUUCCUUCUAAAUGUCCUUUUGUAGAUCCUGAAUUUGAUUGCCAUGGCCGACCUGAUAAACAGUAUCUUAAAUAUGCUUGGAAACCUGAUGCUUGUAGCUUGCCAAGAUUUAAUGGAGCGAGUUUUCUGGGAAAAUGGAGGGGAAAGAAAAUAAUGUUUGUGGGUGACUCGCUGAGUUUGAACAUGUGGGAAUCGUUGGUUUGUAUGAUUCAUGCGUCGGUGCCCAAUUCCAAGACCACGUAUGUCAGAAGGGACCCUUUGUCUUUUGUUAAUUUUGAGGAAUAUGGAGUGACCCUAUAUGUAUAUAGAACACCAUACUUAGUGGAUAUAGUUAGAGAAAAAGUAGGUGCAGUGCUUCAUCUAAACUCUAUCAAUGGCGGCAAAGCAUGGAAAGGAAUGGACGUUCUGAUUUUCAACAGCUGGCAUUGGUGGACUCACAAAGGCAAAUCUCAAGCAUGGGAUUAUAUUAGAGAUGGAUCAGCAUUACACAAAGACAUGAACCGACUUCUAGCAUAUUACAAAGGGCUAAGCACAUGGGCUAAGUGGGUUGACACCAAUGUUGACACUACCAAGACCAAGGUCUUUUUUCAAGGCAUUUCUCCCACCCAUUACGAGGGCAGGGAAUGGAACCAACCAAAAAGGAGCUGCAAUGGAGAAUUACAGCCAUUAUCAGGCUCUAAAUACCCGGUCGGUGCCCCGCCGGCCUCCGCCAUCGUCAACACAAUCCUUAGGAAGAUGAUGAAACCGGUUUACUUGCUCGACAUUACGACGUUGUCGCAGCUGAGAAAAGAUGCUCAUCCCUCCACUUACAGCGGGGAUCAUUCCGGGAACGAUUGUAGCCAUUGGUGUCUCCCUGGAUUGCCUGAUUCAUGGAACCAGCUUUUAUAUGCUGCUCUGCUUGUGUGAAAAAAUUGAUCCACUUUUAGGUAAUAAAUAUGGGGCUUAACUGCAAAAUUGACCCUCAAAUUAUAUCACUUUUCUCAUUUAGGUACCUAAAGUUUCGGGAUGAAGCAACAUUUAGUCGUUGAAUUUGGAAACUUUUUAUGGUACACAUUAGUCUUGAAAUUUGGCAACUUUUUUCAGUUUUGGUCCAUAUGAUGAUUUGACAUUUGAUAUUGUGCCAUAUCAUCAUCUAAAAAUUAGGUGAUGGCAUGACACAUUCUUAGAGUAUCACGUCAUCACAAAGACCAAAAUUAAAAAAAAAAAAAUUGUCAAGUUUAGAGACUAAUGUAGACUUAAAAAAGUUUAAGAACCAGAUUGAGAAAAAAAUGUCAAGUUCGGGGACUAAAUGUUGCCUUAUCCCUAAAUUUUUUUUAAACAAAAAUGAUAUUUAAACUAUUAAUUCCAUCUCGUUUUUUCCCAAAACACGAUACCGGCCAAUAAGAGUGUGGCAUCAUUUUUUUGGGUAAAAUAAGAUCAAAUUAAUAGUUUAAGUACUAUUUUGGAUUAAAAAAAAUAUAUUUUAGGUACCUAAAUAGGAAAAUCGAUAUAGUUUAGGGGUUAAAUUUGUAGUAAGACUAUGUUUGUUUUAAUCU